AUGAUUGAAAGGACCAAGACAUAUCUACAUAAUGAGUUCAGCAUCAAGGAUCUUGGUUCAUUGAAGUAUUUUUUAGGCAUUGAAGUUGCUCAUACGGAAGAUGGAGUCAUUCUCAGCCAACACAAAUACUCCAUGGAUAUACUUUCAGAUUGUGGACAACUUGGAUGUCGUCCUAGUGCUUUUCCUAUGGAGCAAAACUUGAAACUUGAUCAUUGUAAUGAAAGUCACAAAGUUGACGCCUCCUUCUAUCGUCGCCUCAUUGGGAAGUUAUUUUAUCUCCAAGUUACGAGACCUGGUAUUGCCUAUGUAGUGAAUAUUCUCAGUCAAUUUGUUUCUGAUCCCAGAGAUGAUCAUAUGAAUGCGGCUAUUCGUGUGCUUCGAUAA